AUGAGUAACGAACCAGCAGAGGAUGGAAAGAAGCUAGAAGAUAUUGUAGAUGAGCAAUCUAAUUCAUCUUCAACAAGCAAGGAUCUUGAUAAUCCACCAAAAGAAGAAGAAAAGAAAGAUGUUGAAGCCCAAAAGCCACCAAAGAAGCUUAAAACAUAUGGAGAAAUGACAAAGGCAUACUGGUAUCAGUUUAUUAAUCCUAAUGUCUGGAAGACUAUGCCUAUAUUUUUAAUCAUAGGCAUUUUAUUCUGGUGCUUAGGAUUUAUCCCGAAUUACGAGAAAUGUAUGCUUUCUCAAUCCAUUUUUGCAAUCGUUGUUGGCGUUCUUCUUGCCCUAAUCCCACAAGUUAAGGACCUUGUCCAUUCAGAUUUUUGCAAACCUGGCGUUGGAUUCAGCAAACAGAUGUUUAUGAGAUUGGCUGUUAUCCUCUAUGGUUUUAGAACCAAACUUUCUGAUAUCGGUAAUGUUGGCUGGGGUGGCGCAAUUUCAGCCAUAUUAAUGGUUAUUCUUACUUUUGUUUUAGGCUCAUUAUUUGGCAGAUUAUUGCUCAAGAUGCGCUCUGAACAAGCUGAAUUGCAAUCUUGCGGCUUCUGCAUCUGCGGCAUUGCGGCCAUCAUGUCAUCAGCAGGUAUUAUCAACUCAGGAAGUGAAGAUAUCUCUCUUGCAUGCAUCCUUGUUAUUGUUGGCGGCUUCCUUGAUAUCAUUUUAUACCCAAUUCUCUUUACAGCCCAUGAUAAACUCUUCCACUCAGAGAGAAACUUCGGUAUUGCAGCAGGUAUAUCAAUCAAAGAGAUCGCUCAUACAGUUUCCGUUGGUUUAAGCUGCUCAGAAACAGUUUCAAAGUUCGCAAUGAUUGUUAAGAUGUUCAAAGUUCUUCUUCUUCCAUUCCUUCUCAUUGCUAUGGCUUUCAUCCUUCCAUUCAUACAUAAAAAGAAAGAUGAUAACACUGAAAAGACAGAAGAAGAAAAUACAUGCUCUUAUAAGGUCUUAGACUUCUUCAAUAAGAUUACAAUUCCAUGGUUCGCUUUCAUUUUCAUUAUUACUACAAUCAUUAACAGUUAUACAAAUAUCAGUGAGAAAGCUCACAAGGUUUUGAAUGAAAUCAUCAUUAUCGCCUUAUCUACAUCUAUGUUUUGCGUUGGUGUAACUACAGAUCUCAAACUCCUUCUCAAGAGUUCUGGAUGGAAACCAUUUGUCCACGCUCUUGUAUUGUAUAUCUGGGUUUUCUUGUUUGGUUGGUUAUUAGAGUAUAUUUUCCAUAAUGUUUAA